AUGCUCGAGGGCCUCUACCAUAUCAACUCAGGAAACUUGAAGUCUGGCUGGCUGGCCUCUCGUCGCGCUAUUAGCAUCGGGAAACUUUUUGAUCUGCCACUUCGGUCUCAGAGGUCAAGUACAAUAUACGAACCCAGUCAUUUGAAGUCAAGGCUUCUCUUAUCCCGCCUCAACUAUGCCAACCGAUUCUUGUCACUCAUGCUGGGCGUUCCAUCUGCUGCCAUCGAUUGUAUUGUCGCUUCCAACGUCAUAUCGGCAGAAAGUCCAUUAGAGAGACUGGAACAACUACAUGCUGUCAUUAUGGGCCGAGUCAUCUCCCGAAAUCAACGCAUCGCUGCUGCAGAUCCAACACAGGCUCUCCAGAGUGAACUUAUGGAUACAAAGAGCCUAGAUCAAGAACUGCGGAGAAUCGCUUCACUACUCCCUGAAGAACGGUGGCUCCCAUCUCACUUGAGAGAGUUUGUCGCCGACAUGUCCACAUCCGAGGCUUUCGGGCUCCUAGCACAAGUGAAUCAUAUUCAUCUGCUACUUAUCCUCCAUCUGCCCUAUGUCCUUCAGAGCCUAUCGUCACUACAACCAGGGGACGCGGACAGUCUGUACAAGGCGGUAACUGCAAGCCGGGAUAUACUUUCUCGAUUCAUAUUGUGCCGUAAAUUCAACCAGAUAUCCACACGUUGUCAUGCUGUCGACUUCAAGGCCCUCACAGCCUCGGCCACCUUGCUCAUUGAGCAUCUGGUUCACCCCCUCGGCCAUAGCGCAUUGGCUCACCAGCGCUUACAGGACGUAGGACUCGUACAGAUGGCCAUCAGGAGCAUAGAGAGCAUUGUCAAGUCUUCUCUUGAUUCGCAGGGCGAAACGGAGCUGCGGGUGCUGAAAUGGCUACAAGCGGCUGAUGCUAACGCAGGAAACGGAGUCCUACACAUGUUAUGCAUAAGUGAAUCAAAGUCCCAGGGAGAAUGCUGCAUAUUUGAGGAAGGGCUUAAUCUUGAAUCAUCGGCCCCUUAUCUUGGUAGACUCCGAGUGAAUCGUGUGGAGGAAUCUAGGGAGGGGACAGAGACACUUCUGAGCGAGCGUCUGGGGAUUUCAGACGCCGGUAGCGGAGGAUACCGGGCGUGGCAUUUCCAUAAUAUGGAUCGUAUGGUGCUAUCUCUGAUAGGAAUAGCUGACAUUCACACGAUGUGUCAUCGAGUAGGCGAAGAUAGGAGCCAGAGUGAUACAAGUCCCGCUGCCCGCAUGUCACAUGAAGUGCUUGUACCAGGCUCGUACACAGACUCGAAUACGUGGGGAUUCCAGGACUUGGUAUCAUCCGAGUUUUCAGAGUGCUAG